GAAAAACACAUUGAAGCAAACCGUACGCCGAGAAUGCACACAUAAGAGCGCACGCCCAUAUCACUCAUACCUUUCUCGACCAUCACCACGAACUCAACCGUCGAUCGCACAGCCGAGCACAUCCAAUCCCACACAAAACCUUACCCAGCAUGCCAGCAACGCUCUCCGACUUGCUUUACGCACUUCUCUCAAUCACCAUAAACAUCCUGGCUACUAUCAUUGUCCAAGCAAAAGUCGACGGCAACUCAUACGCUCUCAUCAUGCAUAAGGUCAAGACCGCCCUUGUUAUCAUCCUGCAGAACUUUGUCGUCAUCCUCAUGGUCUGCUAUCUCGUCCCAGGAGUCAUGAGGUAGGAUGGCUUGCUUGGACUUCGCACAGUAUCGGUAUGCUC